AUGGAUGUUAACCCGUUUUCAGACUUUUGUAAUUUUGACUUUGAAGAACAAGAUACGAAGAAAACAGAAAAGGUUACUUCUCAGAAAAAUCAAGUUUUACAAAACGAAAACCUCGAAUAUAUACCUAAGCAUGAUUACGAUGGAUGGUUCCAUACAACAACUACAUCAUUUUCUAUACUCCUUCGCUCAAAGGGAGGUCCUACACAAAUAAAACAAUCGAUUGAACAUCUUUAUUUUCAUCGAAGAUUUGAAGAAUCUUUACGUUUAUCGCUUGAAUAUAUCAAAUUUAUUGAACAAUGUAAUAACCUUUCUGAUAAAAAAGAAAUUAAAAUUUAUAAUCCAAAUAGAUUAAAUAACCCCCGUGAAAUGUUGGAGAUAGCUUCAAGAUGUGCUUUACAAUUAAAAAAUGUCAAAUUAGCUGUUAAAUGCAUCGACAAAUUGGCAAGUGACUUAGAGAAAGUAUCGAAUGAACCAGGGCAUAUGCGGUUGAGAGGGAUGAUUUAUGCAACAGGAGGCCGUUAUGCAGAUUCAAUACAUUAUUAUAUAAAAUAUUUACAGAUUCGAAAUAAUGAUUAUAAAAUAUGGAAGGAAAUGAGUCAUACAUUUCUUUACUGUUAUUACCAUUUUGCUAAUCCCAAAGAGGAUUUCACAACAGAUCUUAUGAAAAUUACAACUCAAGGAAUUUUUCAAAGCACACUUAUUACAAAACUUGCCCUGAUUUGCAUUAAACGUGCUUAUGAACUAAUGUUAAUAACACCAUGGGCAACUUCAGUGAAUUAUAUUAAUUCGCGUUUUACGCAUGAGAAACGAGAAAUCGAAUACUUAUCAAAUUACUUGGAGAAAGUAGAUGACAAUUUCGAAGAAUCAAUGUCAUUGUUAAAUAAUUUAGAAGAGAAUGAGACAGCAAAAAAAAUGAUAGCGGAAAAUGGAUUUGAUUUAGAAAUGAUAAAAUGGAUACUGGUGGAAUCCAAAAUAAGCGUCAAUGGGUUGUAUUUGAUGGAUCAAGAAAGAUUAGCAAAGGACUUAUAG